GCCCGACAUUGGCGGCGCAGCCAUGUGGAUGAGAAAUAAAACAAGGUGAAUUUAGGUUUGGGGUAUAUUGGUCCAGGGUUCUUAGCCUGAUCUUCAAAAUAAAACAAAAUAAUUCAGAAAGGGAAAAUUGUUGAAGUGCCAAGUAAAGUGGGGCAAAAAAUCAAUUGCAAAGUAAUGAAGGGCAAAUUAUAGAAGUACCAAGUAAGGAGGGGAAAAAAUAAAAUACCCCUCACCAGGGCGCUCUUGUUGCAAACAAAAAAAAAUAUAACAGGGCCCUCGCCUCCCGAGGAGCCGUCCCGAACUCCCAACUCCUCAGGCAGGAGUACCACUUCUCACACUCUCGCCCUGCUUCUAGCAUUCCAGUUCCAAGUUUCCAAGCCAGCCAGCGCUCCAAACCUAGGUCUCCUGACUUACCUACCUACCGCCGGUGAUCUUGAUCUGGGAAAGGAAGCGUGUUGCCAAGACUGGUCGAUUCCUCUUGUUGAUUUGUUUGCCGCGCUUGCUUUCCACUUUCUUCUUGGAAAGGACCGAGGGAACUAGCAGUCUGGACUCUGGAGCUGGAGUGAUAAGGAAGAUCUGCGAAACGAGAUCUCCUGAAGUUGGUAGUGAGAAGGACAGUCUGAGAAAGAAGGGUUGCUCCAUGCCUUCCAGAGAAAGCAGGCCAAGAACAGUCUGAAGCUUGAGUGAGAAGAACAGGCAGAGAAAGAAGGCUACACGAUGACAGUUAUAGAUUUCAUAGAAGUGAGUGAUGAUUUUAUUGACUUGACCAGCGACGAGGAGACUGUUCAGCAGGAUAACAUUGCAACUCAGCCCCAGGCGACGUUGCUGGAUAGGCAGGCUGUGUUUGUCCUAGCUGAUGAAGGAAAGCAAGAUAGGCAGGCUGCAUUUGUCUCUGCUGGUGAAGAAAGUCAAGAAGCUACUGAAUCUGGAAAUGCUUCGGUGGCUACCACAUCUCUCUCAGUUAUGGAAAAGGCGCCUCUGGAUACGGGUGAAUCACAGAAUUGUCCUAACUCCCCAACAUCAGCUCCACUUGCCAGCCCAGCUUGUGCCACUCCGAAGGUUCUGUCCUGUGAAGUUGGUGACCCAAAGCAGGAUGUGUUUGUCCUAGCUGGUGAAGGAAGUCAAGAUGCGCAGACUGCAUUUGUCUCAGUUGCCGAAGGAAGUCAAGAGGAUACCGAGUCUGCAAAUGCUUUGGUAGCUACCGCAUUGCCCUCGGCUAUGGAAAAAGUGCCUCUUGAUACGGCUGAAUCGAAGAGUUGUCCUAACUCCCCAACAUCAGCACCACUCCCCAGCCUGGCUUCUAUCACUCUGAAGGCUGUGACCUCUGAAGAUGGUGACACACAGCUGGGAGCUACCGUAUCGCCCUCGGGUAUGGAAAAAACGCUUCUUGAUAGUGCUGAAUCAAAAAAUUGUCGUAACUCCCCAGCAUCAAUGCCACUCCCCAUCCCCAGCCUGGUUUCUACCACUCCGAAGAUUCUGACCUCUGAAGAUGGUGACACGCAGCUCGGAGCUACUGUAUCGCCCUCGGGUAUGGAAAAGGUGCUUCUUGAUACUGCUGAAUCAAAGAAUUGUCUUACCUCCCCAGCAUCAGCGCCACUCCCCAGCCUGGCUUAUACCACUCCGAAGGCUCCGACGUCUGAAGAUGGUGGCACAAAGCUGGCUAGAGCGAAACAUCCUAAGAAGAACUACCACACAAGUACUCCAAGGAGAAGUCCUAGAUUGCGCGAAUGUUGUAACAAUCCCGUGGAAGAGCUGACAACCAGUCACAAGAGGUCUCGCAUGCUCAAGCCAGCAGAAGAAUUGGCUGCCGCUAGCGACAAUGCAGAAUCUACAAAGAGCUUCUCUACUGACAACGCAAACUAAGUUAGUCCGACUGAAUAUGGUCCUCCAUGAAACUGUCUAACUGUUGUAGCUUUUAAUUUGUCGCAUUCGUAUUUAUGGAACCAGUGUUGUUGCUCUAGUUUGUCACAUCUGUAUUCAGGAACCACUAUCGUUGCAUUCUAGCAUGGUGGGAGCUCGUGUUGCCCCAUAUAUCUCAGAUUUUUAUGUGCCCUUUGUCUUUGACCACCUGAGUAUCUUGCAACAUAAUGUAUGAACAGUUUACUAUGUACCUUGGUCAUCACUUGGUUAUCUCCAGAUGCUUUAUUUCUUCAGAA